UAAAGCGUUUAAAUAACUUGAAAAAGCGCUUGAUUGACUAGGAAGUAGUAAACAAGAAACCUCCCAAAUUUACUUUUCUGAAAAUUUAUUUGUCUGAAUAAAAAAAAACAUUUUGAAAUGUCGAAACAAGCGAGUCGGUCUUGUGAUCCAAGGAAGGUGAAUGGUGAACUGUUCACACUGACGUAUGGAGCUCUGGUAGCACAACUGCUGAGAGACUAUGAAGAUGAUGAAGAAGUGAACAAGCAGCUUGAGAAAAUGGGAUACAAUAUUGGUGUAAGACUGAUUGAGGACUUUUUAGCAAGAACAAACACAGGCAGAUGUAAUGAUUUCAGGGAGACAGCAGAUAUUAUAUCAAAGAUGGCAUUUAAGAUGUAUCUUGGUAUAACACCAGUAGUGAGUAACUGGAGUGCAGCUGGGGACGAAUUCUCUCUACUGAUAGAAAACAAUCCAUUGAUAGACUUUGUAGAGCUUCCAGAUGGCCAUAAUGCCCUCAACUAUUCCAGUUUACUCUGUGGAGUCCUGAGAGGUGCUCUUGAAAUGGUUCAAAUGGAAGUAGAUGUAAAAUUUGUUCAAGACCAGUUAAAAGGUGAUAGUGUUACAGAACUAAGACUAAAAUUUGUGAAAAGACUUGAAGAUGCAGUACCAGUAGGGGAGGACUAGUCAACUUGUUACUCAUUGUUAAUUGUAAAUGUUAAUAGUAAUUGUUGUGUGUUUAUUUGCAGUAUACCUGUUGCUAAGUUACAGGCAUGUAGUGAUCACAAUUUGAAUCCCAGUGAAAAAUAUCUUUUUCUAUAUGACAGUUUCAGAAAAAGAGAAUUUGGGAUUGAGUCCACCUUGAUGAAAUUGAGGACUGAGGGGUGGGAUGGGAUGCCCUAGGAUUCUAUCUUUGUUCCUGAUUGAAUUUAUAGGUUGGGUGUUAUUUCCAUCUUUCUUUCUGAUUAGAAAUUUUUAAAUUCAAGGUGAAUAUCAUAUAUAGCUACAAAACAGAUUAUUGAAGAACAUGACUUUUAUUUCCAUAUAAAUAAACAAUUACUAAUGAGUAUCUCUUUCAUUGCUGUCACAAUUGAAUAUCUAAUUAUGCCAAUAAAAUCAGAAUGACUUUAGGGUAUUGUAAAGCUCAUGGAUCCUAUUGUAUUUUUGUACUGAUUGUGUAUGGAUGUUUCUAUUAAAAAGGAGUCAUUUCUCGGUUGUGUAAAGAACCAAUGUCUAUAUGAUUUCAGCAUACAGUCAGACCUGUACUUAAACACCACCAAAUUGAAUAAAGACCAAUAAUAUUCUAUCUAAUAGAAGCAUUUACAGUUUGUUAACAUCCUGAGUUUGGUUUUAUGUACAAGUUUAACAGUGUUACCUUUGAUAAACAUAAACAUGUUAAUUUUGUAGGUAAAAAACCAUUGCUUAUAUAUGUUUUAAUGAGACAAUGUCAUGAUUAUUUGAACAUUCCGUAUUUGUCAUGUAAAAGGUAAUACAAAAUGAAUUUUGUCCCUAUUCUGCUUGACAGUCAUUUUCAUCUAUUUUUGAACAUUUGCCAUGUGUUUGUAUUUUGACAGGUUCUGUUAAUGUAAAUUACUUUUCAAUGUGCAAUAUAUGAAUAAAUGAAGUACUGAAAUAAAA